GUCGGGAAUAAGUAUCUAUCGGCCGACAUGAAAGUGGUCAUGUGUCCUUGACUCCACCAAGAACUUCGAAGCAUAUUAUAAUUUACAGUUUUCUCAGCGAUGACUCGUUCAUAAUAUCCAUCUUUUUCGUUACCAUCUACUUAUCCCUCCUUGUCUUGAUCUCUCAUAUUCGUUGUCCCAUCUAAAUCGUAAAAUGUCGUCUCAGUGCUCCUGCUCGCAUCAAAAUCCAGAGUCCCUAUCACCGCCUGACAAGAGCCAAAUGAUUCCGGUCAACGGUGUCAACGGCUCCAACGGCGUGAAUGGUGCCAACGGCGCCAAUGGUGUCAACGGACGUAACAUCCACCCCCGUGAAGCACAGCGCAGAAAUCCAUAUGGACCGCGCGCAUCUGACUUUUUAAGCAACAUCUCAAAUUUUAGCAUCAUCGAGAGCACUCUUCGAGAGGGUGAGCAAUUCGCCAACGCUUUCUUCGACACCAAGACCAAAAUCGCCAUCGCGAAGGCUCUCGAUGCAUUCGGUGUCGAGUACAUCGAGCUUACCUCUCCCGCCGCAUCUGAGCAGUCGCGCGCUGAUUGUGAGGCUAUCUGCAAGCUCGGACUCAAGGCCAAGAUUCUUACCCACAUUCGAUGCCACAUGGACGAUGCCCGAAUCGCUGUCGAGACCGGUGUUGACGGUGUCGAUGUCGUGAUUGGCACAUCUUCGUUCCUACGGGAAUUCUCGCACGGAAAAGACAUGACAUACAUUACCAAGACUGCCAUUGAAGUCAUCACCUUCGUCAAGUCCAAGGGCAUCGAAGUCCGAUUCUCCUCAGAAGAUUCCUUCCGUUCCGACCUCGUCGACUUGCUUUCCAUAUACCAGACUGUUGACAAGAUCGGUGUCAACCGUGUGGGUAUCGCUGACACUGUUGGAUGCGCAAAUCCCAGACAAGUUUAUGACCUCGUCCGUACUCUUCGUGGCGUUGUUGGUUGCGAUAUUGAAAUCCACUUGCACAAUGACACCGGCAUGGCCAUCGCCAACGCUUAUUGCGCGUUGGAGGCUGGUGCAACACACAUUGAUACUUCCGUCCUUGGUAUCGGUGAGCGUGUCGGCAUCACGCCUCUCGGUGGUCUCGUAGCAUGCCUGUAUGCUGCCAACCCCGAAUACGUCAAGGCCAAGUACAACCUGCCCAUGCUGCGCGAGAUUGAAAACCUCGUUGCAGAGGCAGUAGAGGUCAACGUGCCAUUCAUGAACCCGAUCACGGGUUAUUGUGCUUUCACGCACAAGGCCGGUAUCCAUGCUAAGGCGAUCUUGAACAACCCCAGCACAUAUGAGAUUUUGAAGCCUGAAGACUUUGGUCUCACGCGAUACGUCUCGAUCGGACACCGUCUCACUGGCUGGAACGCUGUCAAGUCAAGAGUUGAGCAGCUCGGGCUCAAGCUCACCGAUGAUGAGGUCAAGGAUGCAACCGCCAAGAUCAAGGAGCUUGCUGACGUCCGUACGCAAUCCAUGGACGAUGUCGACUCCCUGUUGCGUGUAUACCACUCCGGUAUCCAGUCUGGAGAGCUCGCAGUCGGCCAGAAGGAGGCGCUUGACCGAUUACUCCAGCAGCACCGCGAGUCCUCGAGAGAGCGCGUUGAACCAGAGGCUGUUGCUGCUGCAUAAAAGAAAUCGUUGUUGUAGUGUCACAGAGGUCGUCUUAGUACGACAAGAAAAAAAAGUUGACCAGAUGGUCGUCCUGUAUCAUGUAGAUUUGUCUAUCACUAUCUAACGCGUUGUGUGAAAUAUGUCUAGGUGCACAGUAGCUUCCUUCAAUCCGUUAUUUUUGGACGCUUAC